AUGGCGUUCCUCUCGCAGACAUGGACGCUGACGAAGAAGGAUCUUCUGCUUGUUGCUCGCCGCAGUUGGUUCACUACCUUACUGAGAGCGCUGGUUCUGCCCAUCGUUGUUACCGCAGUCCUCAGCAGUGUCAAGACCAUCAAUGAUACCAAUGGAGCUCUUGGAGUCGGUACCCCUGCGCCUCUGCUGUCUUUGCCAGAGGCUUUCAAGGCUGCCGGCAAUGGACGCAACAAGUUCUGCGUAGUCGCGUCCGUCCAGCAUGAUGACUUCAUCGACCAUGAUCUCUCCGGCAACGAUAUCCACUCCGUCAUCGAAGACAUCUCGACUACCUUUCGAGAUGCAGGAAAGACAGUCUUCCGAUCAAGCACAGCAGGAUCUUUGGUCCAGCAUUGCCCAGCCUCAAGUAAAGGAGUCACGGCCUGCUGGGGAGCGCUGGAGUUCUGGUCGUCUCCUGACAAAGGGAACGGUGCGAUCUGGAAUUACACAAUGCACACUGAUGGAUCCAUGGGGUCGGGCCUGGAUGUGAAGAGCGACAGGAAUCCAGUUCAAAUAUACAAUCUACCAUUACAGCAUGCCGUCGACUCCGCCAUCGCUAGAGCUGGCGGCGGCCCACAGCUGCCGGACAACAUCCUCCAGUACACGUUUACGCCGAUGUCACAACGCCAACAGGACAGAUACGAUCAGUACGAUUUCGAAGCAUUGGUCAUCCUCGCACUCGCCUUUGCCUUGUUCAUCGGCAUGGUCGGCGUCACAUACCAUCUCACUGGCCACAUCACGAGGCAGAGAGAGCAGGGCAUGCUUCAGCUUAUCGACGCCAUGAUGCCGAACGCGAACAGAUGGCAAUGUCUGGCCGCACGGCUCCUCUCCGUUCAUCUCGCGUUCGACAUCAUCUACGCACCUGGUUGGCUCAUCAUGGCUGGCAUUGCCCCCUCCAUCAUGUUCCCGGAGAGCAACGCAGGCUGGUUCGUCCUGCUGUACGUACUUACUGGUCUAGGACUCGUCGGCUACUCCAUACUUGUCAGCAGCAUCUUCCGCCACGUCCAGAUCUCCGCGAUAUCGGCUGUCAUCGUGGCCAUGGUCAUGGCACUGGUAGCUCAGUUCGCAGAGAGCAUCUCACAGACUGCCAGCGACACGGGUGUCAUCGCAACGGCUGUCCUGUUCCCACCGAGCGCGUUUGUGUACUUCUUCAUCCAGGCCGCGUACUUCGAACAGAACAUAGAGCCACUCGAACUCGGAGUCAAUCCUGAUGGCAAUUAUUACUGGAACGUCCCAGCCGCCACCUUUCUCGGAUCUCUGGUUCUCUCGAUUGUUCUGUAUCCCGUUCUUGGGGCUGUCAUCGAGCGGUGGCUCCACGGCAGCUCUUCGAAGAAUCGGUAUCUUCGAUCUGCAGAAGAGCUAGGAGGAGAUGCGAUCCGCCUUGAUGGCUUCUCAAAACGGUACAAUGUUGCUGCGAAGAAGAGGGGCCGCAUCCAGGCUGUUGACAAUCUGUCACUCAAAGUUCACGCCGGCUCCAUCACCGUCCUGCUAGGCGCCAACGGCAGUGGCAAAUCCACGACCCUCAAAUCGAUCGCUGGCUUAGAGAGCAUUUCUGGUGGCAGCAUCGAGCUCGAUGGCACCGGCGGUAUCGGUCUCUGCCCGCAGCACAACGUGCUUUGGGACGAGAUGACUGUACAAGAGCACGUCUUCUUCUUCCAACGCUUGAAGAACCCUGCGCUCUCCGUCGACCAAAGCAAGGCUGAAGUUGCACGACUCAUCUCUGGCUGCGACCUCGAGAUCAAGACAAACGCGAGAUCGAAGACUCUUUCUGGAGGACAGAAGCGCAAGCUCCAGUUGGCAAUGAUGCUUGCUGGCGGGAGUCAGGUGUGCUGUAUCGACGAGGCUUCUUCCGGGAUCGAUCCAUUAGCAAGGCGCAAGGUGUGGGAAAUCUUAUUGAAAGAGAGAGGUCGACGCACCAUGCUGUUGACCACCCACUUUCUGGACGAGAGCGAAGUACUGUCGGACCACGUCGCCAUCCUUUCAAAGGGCACACUGAGGGCAGAGGGAUCGGUGGCUUCCCUGAAGUCCAACUAUGGCGGCGGAUAUCGUGUGACGUUACCCAAGCAGGACGAUCCUCUACGAGCGAGCGAGGUUCCGGCUUCAGUUGGGAGACGCGAUGAUUACAACGAUGCUGUCUACGAAGCGGCGGAUUCAAAAGCGUUGGUGAGCCUGACCAUUCUGCUGGAUACACAUCACGCAAACUACUCUGUGCAUGGCCCUACCAUUGAGGACGUCUUCAUCGGUCUCUCGGAUGAGAUGGAGAUCACGAACAACGACCUGAGCCCUGCCGACCAGCAGCUUCAAUCUGACCCUUCCAGUGUGUACCCGACAACAAGAACAACAAAAGCCGUCAGCUUGAACUCAGGCAAAGGCUGUGGGCCGGUCCGUCAAACAGGUAUCCUCUUCAUGAAGCGACUCACCGUGCUCAAACACAACUACAUGCCCUACAUCGCGUCGCUGUUCGUCCCGCUCGUGCUGAUUGGCAUGGUGACUCGAUUUCUGCUGUCUCCCGAGUACCCCAACGGUCUCCCCUGUGUCAAACCUGGCCAAGGCGGAAUCUCCAAUGGCUUCUACUCUUGGACAGAGAGCUUAUAUCUCCAAGGGUUCGCCUAUGGACCACCAGGAGACGUUUCUCAAGCUGGCUUGGAAUCUCUCAUCCCAGAGGGCAGCUUCGUUGCAAACACCGUUGCGCCAAUCAACUGGAACAGAACAUUUCCCGUCAACAGUGCGCAGGAGCUCUACUCCGAAGCCGAGAGCCUGGUCGGCAGCGUCAGGGCAUACUCUGUUGGUGGAAUCUUCGUCGGCGACUCGGAGAAUUCCUUCACCUACUCGUCCUAUGGCUCGGACAUGUCAACCGCUGUCUUCACACAAUCCGUCCUCGACCAGGUUCUUAUGGACACUCCUAUCGCCAUCUCGACCGAGACGUUCGCUCCCGCAUUUCGGCCGUACGAUUUCAAGCAGGGCAUCAUCGUCGUCUUCACCGUGCUCGGAUUCGCGGUGUACCCUGGCUUCUUCGCUCUGUACCCGACCAUUGAGCGUCUCCGGAACGUCAGAGCCAUGCACUACAGCAACGGUAUCAUGAGCUCUAGCCUUUGGGCCGCUCAUGCUCUGUUCGACUCUGUUUUUGUGCUCUUGGUCAGUGUGUCAGCGACCGUCAUUUGGUACGCCUGCAUGGGCCCGCAGAUCUAUGGCCUAGGAUACGUCUUCCUCAGUGUCUUCCUGUUCUACGGCAUGGCGGCGACGGCGUACUCUUACGUGAUAUCGCUGUUCGUGCCAUCGCAGCUUAGCGCGAUUGCGGCAACUUCGCUUGUGCAGACAGUCAUUGCCUGUCUGUUCUUCGUCGGCAUGGUGGUCACGAACAACAACGCAUCGGCCGCCGGCGCGACAGGACAGUUCGAUGUGAUAUACUACACAACGGCAUUGGUCUGUCCUGCCAUCAGUCUCUUCCGCGCACUCCUCGUCGCCAUGAACGUCUAUGCGCUCGCCUGCAAAGGGCCUACACGAGGAUCCUACCCUGGCGACAUCAGCCUUUUCGGCGCCCCAAUACUGUACCUCAUCAUCCAGUUCAUCCUUCUGAUCGCCUUCUUGAUGUUCUGGGAGUCUGGGCGAAGUCUGGAGGUAUUCGGUAUCCGACGCAAGCGAGCUGCCCCUAAGGAGGCAGAGAUGGAAGACUUUGCAAGCGACAAGGCUCUUGUUGGCGAGGCAAUGGAGGACGCAGAACACAUGGCGCAAAGCAACAAUGGUUUGCGUGUUCACGAUGUGUCGAAAACCUUCGGCCAAAAUACGGCUGUAAACAAGAUCAACUUUGGCAUCCUGCCGUCCGAGAGGUUCGCACUGCUGGGUCCUAAUGGUGCCGGCAAAAGUACAACCAUCUCUCUUGUCCGCGGAGAACUCCACCCGGACAGCAGCAACCCUCCAGCCGAGAUCAUCAUCUCCAACGACAGUCUCGCCCACUCCCCUGUCGCCGCCAAACACCACCUCGGCGUCUGUCCCCAGUUCGAUGCGGUGGACAUCAUGACCCUCUCCGAACACCUACACUUCUACGCCCGCGCCCGCGGCGUCCCAGACCGCCAACACAACAUCGACCAACUAGUCCGCUGCCUCGGCCUCACAGACCACACGCACAAACUCGUCAAGAAGCUCUCCGGCGGCACGAAGCGCAAACUCUCCCUCGCCAUCGCCCUAAUCUCCAACCCGUCCGUCUUACUCCUCGACGAGCCAAGCUCAGGCAUGGACGCCGCGGCCAAGCGAGCCCUCUGGGCGACUCUCCGCACAGUAGCCGCCGACCGCUGCCUCCUCAUCACCACCCACAGCAUGGAAGAAGCCGACGCCCUCUGCGACCGCGCGGGCAUCAUGGCGGGCAAAAUGCUCGCCCUGGACAGCAUCCCCAGGCUCCGCGCGCGGUUUGGAGAUAAAAUCUACAUCCACCUCGUGCACAAAGACGCGCCUUUCACUUCCGACGCUGACACCGCGAAGCUCUGGGAGUGGGUGCGGGCGACUUUUACCGUUGCGGAGGCGGAGCAGAGGACGUUUGGCGGGCAAGUGAGGUUUGCGGUUCCGGCGAGGGAGAGUGGGGAUGGGAGGGAGGUGGGGAGGUUGUUUAGGGUGAUUGAGGGGGCGAAGGGGGAGGUCGGGGUGAGGGAUUAUAGUGUCGGACCGACGACGCUGGAUCAGGUGUUCAUGAAUGUGGUGGGGAGGCAUCGGGUGGUGGAGGAGAAUAGUGAGGCAGAAGCCCAGGGGAAGAGGAAGUGGUGGAAGUUGAGAUAG